AUUAGUUUGUUCACUCAGCUUGAGCCGCGCCACAAAAAGAGAGUUAGAAAAGUCAUUGGCGUGUUUCUCUCUCUUAAAAACGCAGUGUCUGAAAUUUUUUUGUCGUUGACGGAGGAGAAGUAUGACGAACGACCUCGAUCUCAGGCAAUCGGCGAUUUUUCUCUGCUAAUUCGCCGCCGGGCGGAGCAAAACGGUGGCAUAUGGAGGAAGCCAUGGAGGAUGAGAGCGCAGGGAUAUUGAUCGAGUUGUUGAAUGAGAUAGCUAGCAUCUCAGAUUACAGGCCUGCGGUGAAGAAGCAGUACUGUAACUUGGCGAGGAGGUUGAAGCUGUUGACGCCGAUGUUCGAGGAGAUUAGUGACAUGAAAGAGGCAAUCUCUGAGGACACUUCAAAAGCUAUGCUUGCCUUCAAGGAAGCUCUGGAAUCCGCCAGGGAACUACUCAGAUUCGGGAGUGAAGGCAGCAAGAUUUACAUGGUUCUUGAGAGGGACCAAAUUAUGAAUAAAUUCUAUGAGGUGACAGCUCAGUUGGAACAAUCAUUGGGUGGAAUUUCCUAUGAUAAACUUGACAUAUCAGAUGAAGUUAAGGAGCAGGUUGAGCUGGUUCUUGCCCAGUUCAGAAGAGCCAAAGGGAGGGUUGAUGAACCAGAUGUCAAGUUGUAUGAGGAUAUGUUGUGCCUUUACAACAAGAGCAGUGAUGCAGCUACAGAUCCAGUUGUUGUAAGUCGAGUAGCUGAAAAAUUGCAAUUGAUGGGAAUAGCAGAACUUACACAAGAAUCACUCGCUUUGCAUGAGAUGGUUGCAGCAAGUGGUGGGGAUCCAGGGGCACGCAUCGAGAAGAUGUCAAUGUUAUUGAAGAAGAUAAAGGAUUAUGUGCAAACAGAAAAUCUAGACAAGGAUGAUAAUGUUGAACAAAAAGACCUUUCCUUAAGUGUCUACACGCUAGGAACAGAUGAAAAGAAUCAUCAGGCCCUUGCUAUCCCUGAUGAUUUUCGAUGUCCGAUUUCGCUAGAAUUGAUGAAGGAUCCUGUCAUUGUUUCAACAGGGCAGACUUAUGAGCGUUCUUGCAUUGAGAAGUGGUUGCAAGCAGGGCAUGGGACAUGCCCAAAAACACAGCAGACUCUCACUAGUACUGUUCUCACACCCAACUAUGUCUUACGAAGCCUCAUAGCACAAUGGUGUGAAACCAAUGGCAUAGAGCCACCAAAACGACCCAGCAGCUCUCAACCUAGUAAAUCAGCAUCAGCCUGUUCCCCAGCUGAGCGAAGUAAGUUUGAAAAUCUUCUCCAAAAGCUCAUGUCUGGCAGUCCCGAAGACCAGAGAUCAGCUGCAGGUGAGAUCCGCCUUCUUGCAAAGCGCAAUGCAGAUAACCGUGUAGCUAUCGCUGAAGCUGGCGCAAUACCUCUUCUUGUUGGUCUCCUUUCUGUGCCUGACUCUCGCACUCAAGAGAAUGCUGUGACAGCACUUCUGAAUCUUUCCAUAUAUGAAAAUAACAAAGGAAGCAUUGUUUCCUCAGGAGCAGUUCCAGGUAUAGUUCAUGUGCUGAAGAAGGGAAGCAUGGAAGCUCGGGAAAAUGCAGCAGCAACACUUUUCAGCCUUUCAGUUAUAGAUGAAAAUAAGGUCACAAUUGGCUCUUCAGGAGCCAUACCACCGCUAGUGACACUGUUGAGUGAGGGUACCCAAAGGGGUAAGAAAGAUGCUGCUACAGCACUCUUCAAUUUGUGCAUUUACCAGGGUAACAAGGGAAAGGCAGUGAGAGCUGGUGUUAUUCCAACACUGAUGCGACUGCUGACAGAACCUAGUGGGGGAAUGGUGGAUGAAGCAUUGGCCAUUUUGGCAAUAUUGGCUAGCCAUCCUGAAGGGAAAGCUGCCAUUGGUGCUGCAGAGGCAUUGCCGGUUUUGGUAGAUUUUAUUGGGAAUGGAUCCCCAAGGAACAAAGAGAACGCAGCUGCCGUUUUAGUGCAUCUUUCUUCUGGAGAUCAACAAUAUCUAGCACAGGCCCAAGAUCUAGGGGUGAUGGCUCCAUUGUUGGAAUUGGCUCAAAAUGGUACAGACAGAGGCAAAAGAAAGGCAGCACAAUUGCUAGAGCGUAUGAACAGGCUCCUUGAGCAGCAGCAGGAGGAGGAAGUUCAAACACAAACUGAACUUCAAGCUCAGAACGAGGAUACCCAACCACCUUUCAUCACUGAUUUAGAUGAUACCUAAGAUGUUUUUUUUUUACACUUUUGUUCGUUUGGUUUCUUUAGUUCUUUUAAGUGUUGAAAGAAGCAUCUGUUUGGAGGAAAGGGUGGAAGAUCACCUUCAUACUCUCCAUUAAGUCAUUCGUUUGUUUGUGUGAUAUGUAAUGCAAAAAGCUUUUGAAAGGGGGAAGAAGAGAUCGAAGAAACUGAGCAAGGUGUGCCUGACGUGGAAAAUGUACAAUUGUAACAUGUACUAUUCUAAUCCAUCCUCAGAUUUUAAUGAAGAGAUGUUCCGUGUAUUCGCACCA